GUGCCUGCUCUGGCAGCAAACCCGCAGCCAGCUGAAGUUUCCGAGCCUACCUGCAGCACCUCGUGUGUCACUUUUCCCUGUUAAUUCGCCAGCUCACCGGGCCGCUGCUCCCUUCAGCCGCUUCCCCGGGGGGGAGAGCAGAGGGUACCGCCCGGCCGCGGGGAGCACGUACGGUGCCAUGUGCGGAUCUUACGCAACGAAAGCACGAGAGACACGCAGGACCAGUUUGGAUCGGUGCUUUGCUUCUAGGGAUCCCUUAGCCUUAACUGCGUGUAGGUGCUUGCGUUGGAUGACUUCAUUUAUAAGAUUCAUUCAAGGUUCAUCGCUGACGCUCCAGAAGAUUGCACUGACAUUUCUUUUAACUCACAUUAGUUUCUGUCUGACAGAUACCGCGCCAUGUUUGCGUUUUUGGUACUGCUGUGUCAACUACCCGCGAUGAUGUUUGCAUUUCCUCACUGCACGGGGAGAUUAAAUAACUUGAAGCAACCUGAAUGGAAAGACGUGUUCACAUCAGAAAAGGAGGCCAAUUUAUUCAUUGGACGGCAUCUUCUGAAUAACAGAUUUGAUUUUGAAGCAUUCACAGCAGAUAACCUGGAAAGAGAAUGCUUUGAAGAGCUGUGCAAUUAUGAAGAAGCGAGAGAAGUUUUUGAAGACCCUGAUAAAACGAUGGAUUUUUGGAAAGACUAUUCAACUAAAGGCCCUAAAAUAAAAACAGGUGAUGAGGCACUGCACAAGAUUAAUGUUACAGGACUUCUCAUCAGUCUAGUUGCUGCUGGAAUACUGUUAGUUAUAAUUUCACUGCUUAUCUUUUACUGCUGCAAAAGUAGAUGCAAAUCAAGGCAACCACCAGGGUACUUGAAUUAUGUAAGAAGACAUAAUUCGUCUAGCAUCUUCAGAAGGCAUGAAGAAUUUUCUUUAAACCCACUUCCUCUCAGAACUGACGAUUCAGGACUACCAACUUACGAGCAAGCAGUUACUUCAGAUGGACAACACGACAUCCCACCACCCCCUUAUCCAGGGCCCCCCAAAAGGGCACGGGUGUUCAAGAAGUCUAUGUCACUUCCUGCCCCUUAGUCACAAAUGUCCUUCUGGGGUGAGGGGGGGGAUUACUGAAACAUAACGUACUUUUUUAAAAAGUGUGUGCUACCUUGCAUAUUGCAAGACAGUUUAGAAAAAUGUGAAAGAUCUUUAGCACAACGAUAAACAAGUGAAAAUCCCAUUUGGGAAAAGAGGUGAUCUGUUGCAAAGGCUGCAGGGCUAUUCUUUGCACAGGGUUAUUGGGCUAAGAGGAGGGAAUGCAUAAAGAGUACAUCUUGUACUCCUGCCCUCUUCCCCAUGCAUUUUGAGCCAUCCCAUCAUACCACUGAUGUUUUGUUAACAGUUGUUUUUUUUCUUUAGAAGAAACAGUAUUUUAAUUGUUUUUAUUGACACUAGCCAUUUUUGUGACUACUGAAUACUUUAAACCACUGUAAGAAGUCUGCUUUGUUGGUUGAUACAUUCACUUCAUUGCUGUGUGAAUUUUCUAUUCAUUCUAGUAAUAGAUUUGAGUAUGAAAAUUAUUUCAUGAUUUGAUCUUUCAAAUGUAUAUACAAUACUGAUUCUGGAUUACACUAGUUUAUGUUAGACGUUGCUGGUUAACACACUACUCAAUUUGUUGUAUUUUUGUGAUUACAAUUUUGGAUGAAAAGGAACCAUUAAAUGCAUGACACAUUAACCAUUCAGACAAAAUACACUUUUAUCAAAUGGUUUUGAUAUUCUCUUUGACCUGGUAUUUUGUGCUGAACAAGUAGAGUACUAUGGGUCAAGGGAUGUUAGGAAAUAGCUAGACAUUUGUCCCUUGUUAAAAAAGUACCCAGGUUUCACAGAUGUUUCUCUUGCAGUUUAAAAAUUUAAAUGUUGAAAAAGACAUUCAGCUUGUUGAAUCAAAGGCCAAACUACCCCACAGAAGCACUUUGCCUAAGUUUGUAUUGCUCUACUGGGAUGACAAAAUGGUACCUUUAAGUAGAAUGAAACAUCACAUUGGAUAAACAACCAGUAUCCACAGAGUAAUAGGGAAGAAUUUCAGGGAGCUACUGGUUAACUAUGUCAACACAAUUUCUGUAUCUCCAGUUGUAGCCAUCCUAAAUUUUACAUCUUAUUAUCAACCCCAGCAUUAUAUGGCCUACAGACCUUGCUGAGCAAGUCACAGACCAGCGUUGCUGUCCCUGUACCUCUUAGUCAAGUGGCACCGUAGUGGAAAAGGCUUCCUGUAGUCACAGGAAGCCGUAUUAGUUGUGUUGCUCACAGGCAACACGUCAGGCUGGUGUUUUAUUACAGUAGCUGCAUAGUUGGACACAUGCAAUGAAGUUUUUUAAGAAGCAACUAAUUUCCGCUCCCCCCCCCCGCCAUUUGACCAAUGCUGGCAGCAGCAAAUGGUAUUUUAAUUUGGUGCCCAAAAUGCACAUUAUAAAGGUUGAAUAUUUAUAUGUAACAUUUCACUGAAUUUUAUGUUUCUUAACAUGCUAGAAUCUACAGUUUUGUUGAGUGAGAUGCAGAGGAUUGCUAUGAGAUGUUUAAUCUGUAAAUGCUUUUGUAAAGAAGAAAAUGCUCCAAAUCUUGGAAUAUAAAGAGGGUAUAUUGAAAAUGCUACACAAGGAGGUCUUGCCCUUUGAAAAACACAUACAACCCAGCUGAUACCAGUGAACAUUGGACUUUGUGUUCUUAUUCCUAAAGCUUCAGCAUCAGAUUUGUCUUUUGACAAGUCACAAACCUCUUAGCAGCUUCUUUCUUGUUGAGAGAUGGGGGAAUCCCCUUGUUGGGAUAGCUUCAAUUCCCUCUUGCCCUACUUGUAAAAACAUUCUGAAGUUCUGGGAGGUUACUGUUCUGUGAGACUGAAAUGAGUGAAUUGUGUGACAUUGCUGUUGAUAACCAAAAUAGAGAGUUAUGAUGAAGCUAUGGGAUUAUAAGCUUGCAAAAACAUUUCUCCCAUAUUUUUCAUUUAGUUAACUAUUUUUAAAUUUGUUAAUGUGCACCUUGAGCUAUAGAGCACACUUUUCUCUAGAUACCUGGGACUCAAAAAUGACUAAUUUAGUGGGAUUGAUAGGAACACUUUCAGGGAAAGGGAUUUCACAGGGCUUGUGAGAGUUCAGAGAUUCUUUUAAUGUUACUACAGUGAUGUACACAUCUAGCAAAGUAACGUUUUAAAUAAACUACAGAAAUUGUAUAGAAACCUAUUUAAUCACUUGAAAUUUGAUUCUUCUGCUAUUCCUACAAAUCACUUGCAAAUGAUUCCAUGCAAUGCAAGCAAAAAUCUUGACCUUCCUAAUUAAUAAAAAACCCCCUUAAGAUGGUGUAACUGUUAAACAUCAAUGCUGUAGCUCUUUGGGCAGUAAACUGCACCUUCCGUAGGGUAUAAUACUUCAAGUUUACUCAAAGAACCUGCACUUUAGACCCUUGAGGAUACUCAAAAUAUUCGAAUAGUGGUUGCAUGUAAUAUGCCGAUGUGCAAGACACAUUCCACUCAUGAUAAAUGAGCAAAGUUUAAAAUUUAGUUGGACAUAAUGUAAACUUACCUCUC